GUCCUGCUACGAGCCGCUUGGAAUGGAAUCCGGCGCAAUACCUGAUGAGGCCAUUACCGCCAGCUCCUCUUACGUACCGAAUGUCGGCCCCAAAAAUGGAAGGUUGAGAAUAGAACGUGCUGGGGGAGGCUGGUGUCCUAAACAACAGGUAGAAAAGGGUGUCCGGGAAUAUUUGCAAAUAGAUCUCGGGGAUGUAAAUGUAAUAACCGGGAUCGAGACGCAGGGGCGCUACGACAGGGGCCGAGGACAAGAGUACACAGAGGAGUACACCUUGGAGUACUGGCGACCUGGAUUAGGAAAAUGGAAGGAGUAUCGGCGAUGGGACGGCAAACAGGUUCUAAGAGGAAACAGCGACACAGCGACAGUGGAAAGCCAUAAACUAAUGCCUCCAAUAUUUGCAAGCAAGCUAAGAAUUUUACCGUACAGUGUCCACCGCAGAACGGUGUGCUUGAGGGUGGAGUUAUUGGGGUGUCUUUAUGAUGGAGGAGUAAUUUCUUACUCAGCUCCGACAGGUUCUGAUCCAGAUCUGGGUUUAGUGGACAGCUCCUACGACGGCGAAACAUCUGACGGACAGUUGUACAACGGCUUAGGGCGACUGGUCGAUGGAGAAAUCGGAGCUGAUAACUUUCGUUUAGACAUAGGCUACGGCAAGGGUAAUGGUUGGGUAGCAUGGAAGAAUAGUAGCUCGUUAUUAGGAUAUAUAGAGCUCGUUUUCCAGUUUGAUGAAGUUAGAAAUUUUUCUUCGGUACAUUUAUUUACAAACAACUAUUUUACGAAGGGGGUGCAGGUAUUCUCGAUGGCGAAGAUAAUGUUCAGCGUGGGCGGUCAAUUUUAUAACGGCCCCACUUUGUCAUACUCAUAUAUGCCGGAUCGGGUUAUGGAGAGUUCCCGCAACGUCACAAUCAAUCUUCAUUAUCGCAUCGGCCGCUUCGUAAAAAUGAGACUCUACUUUGCCUCCUCGUGGAUUAUGUUAAGCGAGAUCGUCUUCGAUUCAGUGCCCAUUGCCUGGAACAUUACGGAAGAGGAGGAACCACAAAAUGCCGAACACGAGGUCGUCAUCAAUUCUGUUGGUCAGAGUAACUUCGAUGCCUUCGAGACAAUAACAGCACGCAAGAAGGAAGGUUCUUAUACCGAGGUUGUAGUUGGAGUGCUAACGGCAAUAAUGCUUCUCCUUCUGGUUGUUUUUGUGGUCAUUCUUCUAGUCAGCCGACGGCAUAAGCUCCAAGGAUCUCCUACGCUCUUAAGAAAUCCUUUCGGGGUCACGCUCAACAUGAAGGGUCUCUUAAUGAACUUUUCCUCGGCUAAUAACACCGAAGGAAGCGACCAUCCAACACCUUUGAGUCAAGGACCGCCGAGUCAUCACAAUUCAAUACAUUCAGCAAAUUGUACCGAUCAGUAUCAGACGCCUUUAGUAAACUCGUAUUUCUCAGACAAGAUAGAAGUGAUGAAGGAUUUCACCACGAUGCCAGAACCGGUUCUGUCAUUGGAAACACCUCCACCCAUGGACAUGACCGAAGGAUACUGGCAAGAAGGUCCUGUAUACAUCGAGGAAUCACCUCCGCACUACCACAGCCUACAGGGGACUCCUAAUGCUAGUCCCAAAUCGAAUCUUAUCGAUUUGGGGAGCUUCUUUCCAAAAGUCGAUGGAAGUAAAACAACGAAGAAACGAUAUCACACGGCGCCACGUGAAAAACAAAGGAUCCUGCCACCUGUGGUAUGCUGGAACAUAGCUCCAAGCAUGGGCCAUAAAUAUUGCUGUAAGGAAGAAGAACUUAUUCCGAUUCCAAGAUACUGUCUUAAACCCUUGGAGAAAAUAGGGUCGUGUCAUGCAGGAGAAAUAAGACUGUGCGAGACUGAAAGACUAGAAGACAUAAUUGCCGGUGUUGGGCGUUUAGUGGUCGUCCGAACGCCAUCCCCUGUGGAAACCAACAGGGUGAAAAACAACGUAGUAACAGCGUCAAUAGAAUCAUUACGAGAACUUCGAUUUCUCGCUGGUUUGACAGAUCCCAGCCUUUGUAGGGUGUUGGGGGUCUGUACAGCAGAACAACCCCCUUGGACUAUAAUCGAAUAUGGCGAUAUGGGGGACCUUGCCGAAUAUUUACAAUUUAUUAUUAAGAAAAGUGGAAGUACGAGAUGCUCUAGCACCAAUCCGUUAAGCAUCGGCUGUUUAAUUUUUAUGGCCACUCAAAUAGCCUGGGGAAUGAGGUAUUUGGAAUCGAAGCACGUCGUUCAUAAAGACUUAGCUGCAAGGAACUGUUUAGUAGGACGAGGCUACGUCGUGAAAAUAGCCGACGUUGCCAUGUGCAAACCGCAAUACAAAAAAGACUAUGCAGAAAUCGGGGGUCGACCUCCCGCACCCAUCAGAUGGCUUCCGUGGGAAAGCAUCCUCCUGGAUCGAUACCUUUGCUCAAGCAGCGUGUGGGCGUUUGCAGUGACGCUUUGGGAAAUAUUACAUUAUGCUUGCGAGAAACCAUUCCACCAUUUGACUAACGAGCUAGUUAUUCAGAACGCCGAGCACAUGUAUUACGGUGGAGAACUUCAGGUACUUCUAAAUAAACCUACAAUUUGUCCAUCGGAACUUUACGAACUUAUGUGCCAGUGCUGGAGAAGGGAGAACACAUCAAGGCCUACUUUCAAGCAAAUUCACCUUUUCCUUAAACACAUGAAUAAAGAUUUUGUACCUUCAGAUCUAAUUGUGUCAUAGUAUU